AUGAAAGGUUAUGAUUUCGAGCGUGUCGGAGGCGGCGAUGGCGGCGGCGGCGAGCGUCUCGUCGCCACCGCGCGCCCCUCCCGCAAGAAAGUUGGCCUCUGCCUGGUCAAGAAGUUCUUCUACGGAGGCGUUCUCCUCGUUGGCCUCGUGGCCUUUGUCAUUGGAACCGCGGUGUUUGCCGCCCACUGCAAGGGAAAUGUGAAUCCCGACGCGGAGCUCAUCCACGCUGAGCAGGUCGUUUCUGAGGCUGCUCACGAGCUUGCUCUCCGCGGCGAGACUACCGAGUCUGGCAUUCAGUUUGAUUCUCACGGUCAUGUCGUUACUACCCAGCUCGCUGGCUCGUCUGGUCUCGGCACCGUCUCUACCGUGCGGACCAGUGGCACUGCUGGUACCAUCGGUUACAGCGCCUCGGCGACUGCCACUGCCACCUCUGCCAAGAGCGAGGAGGCGCCCGUCGGCGUCAGCAUCCCGGUCUCGACCAUGACGGCCGUUUCGACCAUCUACAGCAUUCGCACGACCAAGGAGACGACGACCGUCCUGGCUGGUACCACCAGCCUGACCACGUCUGUGGCCGUCUCGGACUCGGUUCAGCCGACCGGUUGCUCCACGGGCCAUGCCACGACCACCAUGACCGUCUACAUCACCGUCUCGCCCCUCGAGGAGGUUACCGUCACGGAGACCGCCUCGACGGCCACGGCGUACAGCACCGACGUGUCAUACACAAACGGCCUCCCGGAAGUCACCAUCACGCACAUCAUGUCCACCUACACCGCCGUCCUCACUCACGUGUCCCUCACCAGCGGGCUCCCUGACGUGACGAUCUCGGGCGGCCCCAAGACGGAGACGGACACGCAGACUGUCGUCUCGUACACGAGCGGCCUGCCGGAUGCCACCGUUUCGGGAGCGGCUUCGAGCGUCACCGACGUCAAGGCCAGCACUGCAUCGGCCUCAGGCUCUGAGACCAUCACCGUUACCAUCACGGACCUUUGGGGCAGCGUCUCCCCGCCUGGCAGCACCCCCCUGACCACGGUGACGGGCACGGCUACCACCCGAAAGACAGUGACGGAGACCCGGACCUUGACUCACAAGCCCAGCUUGGAGAUCAUCACCGUCACGAUCACGGACCUCUACAACGAACCCAAGCCGACGGCUAGCACCGCCAGCUCUAGCACGAGCACCACCACCGGCGUGACUGCCUACUCCUCCAUGCUCGGCGCAGUCAACACCGCAUCCACCUCGCCCGCGCCCGCAAUCGUCACCGUCUCCGUGACCCAGACCGUCACCGAGAUCGAGACGGCUGGCGGCGCCGCAUCCUCAGCCUCCUCCACUCUCAUCACCGUCCCCGUGCCGGCCACCAGCAGCACCGGAUAUACAAACGCCACCGCGAGCAGCACCGGCUUCCCGACCUUCACGCCCCCCGUCGUCGUCUCCGAGGGCGCCAAGAAGCCCAAGCCCCACGGCUGGGGCAACUCCAACGGCUCCGGAUACAUGGGUUGCGCGGUGAUGUUCGUCGCGGUCGCCAUGUGUCUCCUCUGA